CUCAGGAGAUAUGGAACGCUGAGCAAGCCCUUGUUUCUUUGUUCUCGCCAUCGUUGAGAACGACGCCGACGACGAUGACCCAUAUGCUACCGCAGCAUCCAGAUCUAAACCUAUCGCAAUCAUCGUUGCAGACGGCGCUGCACAUGGACCCUAGCCAAGGACCGCCGCCGCCCCCACAGCAGCAACCACCCCCCGCUCAGCAGACACCUCAAUCGACGUCGUCAAGAAAGCGCAAGAAAGCAGAGAACGGUGACGAAGCACCUCAUCCAGCAGAGCCGAGACGUCUAAGACGUUCUCAUGAAGCCUGCGCUCGUUGCAGAAGUAAGAAAAUUAAGUGCGAUUCUAAACAUCCAAAGUGUACGGCGUGCGCAACUGCUGGUGUACCAUGUCAGCAAGAAGAUCGACACCGACAGACCCUCAUCGUGAGAGGGUAUACCGAGCUCAUGGAGAGGCAGCUCGCAGGAUGCGUCGCAUUGCUCAAGCGUCGUGAUCCUGGUUUCGACCUCAACAACCUCGACGAAAUCCUAGCACGCGAGGGCAUUGAGAUCGAUCAGAACGACCAGAAUGCCAUGCAAUUUGCGUAUCAACAGCCUCCAGGUGGCCCCGCGCGAGGAUUCCCUCUGCGCUCAGAGGCGCCGCCACCGCCCAACGAUGGCUCUCCCAGACCGUACCCAUAUGGCCCUCCAGGUCCUCCGAUGCUCCCUCCUUAUCACGCCCCGAUGCCUAUGCAUUAUCCUCAUCCUUACGGCCCCCCUCCCCCUCAUAUGAUGCAGCCUCCACCUGGUUACAAUCCUCCGAUGCAUCAUGCCUUCCAACCACCUCCACCCCCACCACCAGCCAUGCAACCACUCCGUCCCCCUUCAGAGUACGAUCAUCGUACAGCUGAUCCAUUACCUCAUGACUUGUCCAAUAGCGAAGCCUUAGCAAAGAACUUUGGUGUUGCUGCCUCCAUAGUCAGCGACCUGAAGCUUGCUCCGGCUCCUAUUGACACGGAGGACCUUGCCGUCGGUCAUAGCGGUCUCUCGUCCCGUCGCGAUCGCGACAUAUCUGAGCCAAAGCUUCCUCGCGAUAGCAACAAGUGGUUCUCUGUCAAUAUGCGCCGUAAUUCAGUAGUCUCUGCGACUAAUCCCAUGUCCAAUGACCCCACUUCCUCCCAGAACUCGUCCAUCGCAGUUUGGCUUCCCAAAGAUCGUAACAUGGUGAAGAAAAUCCUGGACGUCUACUUCACACGUCUCAACUACCACCGCCCGACGUUAAUACGCACAUCGUUCGAGCAGAUGCUCUGGACAUUGUACGAGGGACAAACUGUGCAACACGAUCCUGGUUACAUCUGUUGCGUCUACUUGGUAUUUGCGCUUGCUACGCUCAGCGAGCUUAACCAUAUCGCCAAUGAGAAGGAGGGCAGCUCGAAUGGACCGUUGAAUCCCAAGACUGUCAUCCCAGAUUGGCCUACUCACGAGGAGUUCUUUGAUCGCGCGCUCGCUGUCAAGCCUGAUCUUCGAGUAUCGGUGUCCAGUUUGCAAGCUCUUAUCCUACUGCAAUGGUAUCUCUACACCGAGCGACAAGGACGCACACUAUGGCGUCUGGUUGGAAGCAUGGUCCGGCUGGCCAUUGAACUCGGUCUCCACCAUGAUCCCACCAAUCCGCCUCAGCUCAGCAUGGGUGACCCUGCAGUCCAACCCCCGCCUUCUCCACAGUACUCAGAGGAAGAAUGCCAGCUUCGCAUUCGUCUCUGGGGUAUUGUGCUUUUGCAUGACCGUGGAACAUCGAUCCUGUUAGGCCGGCCAUUGGCUAUCGCACCAUCCGACUCCAACACCCCACGUCCGACACGGGGCAAGGGCACCGAGGUAUCUGAGCACUUCGUGUUGUCCGCUCCUAUUGCUGAGAUACAAGCGGAUAUCAUCAACUCUCUGUAUGCGCCUAUGACGCAAAGCGCUGAUAGUAUCAUGCGUCUUGCAUCGAGGAUCAUCAAGAGUAUGGUAGAGUUCCGACGACAACUGCCUGACUCGUACAGGUGGUUCUUCAGUGGAACAGAUGAGUGGCCGAGGGACAGGAGGACGAAACUCGUGCAGGACAUUACCGAAGACCAGGGUUUGACGUUGCUGAAAAUCGGGAUCACGAGGAUCUUGCUACUUAGGGCUUUGUUCAGCUCCAGUGCGGUUCCAUACCCUCACCGGUACCGAGCUCUCGAGGAUGCGAUUGUCACUUCGCACAAUAUCAUCGUGGUUCACAACCAACUCAUUCGCUUCCCCGAUAUCUCAUUCUUCGUGUCACCCAUCCCAUUGCACAUCGCUGCCAUGGUUAUCCUUUUCGGGCACAUGUCAAAGUGCGAACGGCUCCCUCGCGAAGUCGCCAUGGAAGACGUGUGGAUGGCACUAAACAUGCUUCCGUCCUUCCGUUGGCGCUGGGAACGCAAGGAUCUCAAGGGCGGCCAUCCGCUGAUCGGCAAGCUCGCUGAAGAAGUCCUGAAGGUGAAUCUGCACCAGGUGGCCCCUACAUCUGCGCCUAUGCUGCUGUCUGAACAAGACUGGGACACCGAUGUGUUAUCGCCGAAGCAGCCUGCUCCCUCAGCCACUCCUCCUAUGCGCCCUGGGUUCCCAUACCCUCAAACCCCAGGUCCGACUUCGGGCCUCAAUAGUCCUGGCAAGAUCAAGAAAAGCCCUGGCGGCGGCGGCGGCAUCCCGAGUACGUCUGGACAGGAUAAGAAGUUGGCAGAGAUACCUCCGGGUUUGUUCUAUCCAUUCUACCCUGAGAACCAGAAUGCGGCUGCCAGCGCCGCUGUGGCAGUCGCUGCUGUCGUGGGUAGUGGUGGUAAUAGUCAAACUCUGAAUGAGAUUCUAGCUGCGACUGGUUCACCGACGUUCAAUCGAUAUGGGUAUCCGACCGGUAGUGAGUUCAUUAUGGAAGAGAAGGAAGGCUCUGUGCAGUCUACUCCUAGCAUGCAGAUGUGGAUGAAUAGCAAUGGAGAACAGCGGCCGAUGCACGCUAUGCCGAUGCCGCCUGGCGGUCCUCCCCAAGGGUAAUGAUCUGAAGUGGACUGCUAACGAAUGUGUUCGCCUUUGUUUCUGCUAUGGGACAAGCUUCCGUGACUUAUGUGUUUUAUAUGAUUAUCUGUGUAUUAUAUCUGUUUGUACUUUUCAUAAUGGAUCAAUCUGUAGCCUUUACCCCCUCCU